AUGCCCUCAAUCGACGUCGCAAACACCACGUCGCCAGGCGUGAUCGCCUUUCGUACAUUCCUGGAUGAAGUGCUGGGAGAGGCGAUCACUGUCAAGCCUCCCUCGGACGACCGCUCAUUGAGCAUCAACCCUCCUCUCCAGAAAGACGAUCUUCACGAUUUCUCGGAACGAUUAUCACAGGUGUUGAGCGACUACACAGCAGCGGAGCAGCAGGCCGACGAUACGGAGAAACUCGCCGCCAAAACCCGUAAACACAAUGUCGUUGAGGUAGCCUCACGGGCCAAGUUCGCCACAUUGACGGCCAGCACGCCGAUCAGCGGCCCCGAGGCUGUCAACAUCUGGAACCUGCUCGACAUCAUAUUCUUCACUGCCGAUAUAGGCCAUGGCGAUCCGGCGCUCAUGUUCCUGCUUGUCGAGGACCUACUUUCGAGCCAGACAAUAUCCGGAUGUCGAAUAAUAUUCGACUUUCUGGAGUCACGGCGCGAGCGAUGCGUGAGCAAGUUCUACAAACAAUCGCAUCUCAUUGUGCUUCGCAGCUGUAACGAGCUGCUGCGAAGGCUCUCCAGAGCAGAGGACACCGCCUUCUGCGGAAGAGUGUUCGUGUUCUUGUUCCAGUACUUUCCUCUAGGCGACAAAAGCUCGGUCAAUCUUCGCGGACAAUACCACGCGGAAAACGUGACAACAUACGAGAAGCCUUUGGAAGGUGGGGAUAAAAUGGAGGUUGACAAAGAAGAAAACCUGGACAAAGCUACCGAAGCACCACAGACCGAGAAACCUGGUGGGAAGAAAGCAGAUACUGGGACACCCAAAACCUCGAGUCCUCCGUUGUCAAACGACGAGCUCUAUGACCUUUUCUGGCCUCUGCAGGAAAGUUUCAGUCAACCGCUGAGGCUAUUUGAGCCAGCAAACCUCAAACCAUUCCAGCGAGGCGUCGAAGAAACUGUGAAGAAGUUUGUUGCAUUGCCUUCGGCAACAUCAAGGUCAAGCACAGUCGACGAGCCCAAGUCAAGUCUCAAGCGGAAGCGUGAAGGCCUCGAGGAUGGUGAAGGUGCCGAGGCUUACAACCCGAGAUACCUGACAAGCCGUGAUCUCUUUGAGCUUGAGGCGCGCUGGGCAAGAGAGACCAAAGACAAGAUCGCAGAAUACAUGCGGAAGGACGUACCCGGUAAAGCGUUCUACAGGGUGAUCGAGACUGUUCUCGCUCGAGACAAGAACUGGGUGUAUUGGAAGAUGGCAAGCUGUCCGCCUAUCAAGCGCGACCCCAUUGAUCCAAAAGUAUGGGCUGAAGCACAAGCAUCGGCCUUACGUGUGACCACCAGCAAGAGGCUCCGUCCAGUGCCGAUGAGUGCAGUACCUAUGGAGUUUCUAAAGCCCAAAGCGCCCGGCCAAGCUUUGAAGGAGCUCGAAGACCCAAAGCGCUACCAACUACCAGACCUGGACUCUUUCAAGGCCAAAAUCAACGACAGCGACUUUGAUAUCCAGAUGGCAAAGACACCGGCGGAGAAAGCGCGGGCGCAGGAACGCAAGGCGAGUCAGAGUUGGAGAGCUAUGCGGAUAGCACGCGGUUUCAAACUGGCUGCUUUCGACAAGAUCGACAAUCCGGAUGAUAUUUCAGCAAUAUUUGAACCAUUGGAGGACAUUGUUGCUGAGGUUGCAGCGGACGAGAUUGCGGCUGACGAAUAUAUGCCCGCCAACCGGGAAGCUGUCAUCGUCUCUGGUCCUCCGGGUGCAGGAAAGUCAUCCAUCAUUCAGAAGCUCAUGGAGGCACGCAAGGGUGUCUUCGAACGUGUCGUGCGACAUACCACAAGGGAGCCCAGAGACGGAGAAACAGAUGGAAAGGACUUUCACUUCGUCAAGGGCCCUGAAUUCAAUCAACUCCGCGACGGAGAUCGUCUGAUCGAGAACGUGGAGCAAGGCGAGAUUGCCUACGGCACAAGCUACAAGGUUGUUGAAGUAGUCACAGAGAGCGGCAAGGUUCCUAUCAUCGAAAUGGAAAUUGACUCUGCCAAAUUCGCCAAAGACAUGGACUUUGAUGCCCGCUACGUUCUUGUCAAACCGGCUUCGCCAGAAAGCCACGAGACCUUCUUGAAAGCAGAAGGUGGCCGUGAUGAUGCCGCAAUCAAAGCGGUUGUUGACAGCCUCCCAGCGCUCGUCGAAGGAUUGAACGCAGACAACAUUGCCGGCAAGGUAAUACUCAACGAGAACGUCGAAAAUGCUAGCCAUGAGCUUGGCGAUUAUCUGUAUCAAAAGGACGCAGACGCGGAUACAGAAAUUGUGAACGGUACUGAUACAGGCGAAGCACCAUUAUCUGAACAAAACAACGGGGAUAUGGAUGUGGAUGCUCCCGAGGCAUCAUAA